AUGAGUCAUUACCCCACCCGUACCCUUCUCUCUCCCCACUCGAUUCUUCUCCCCUCCGGCGCAUCUCCCAGAUUUUCGGCCGACGACGAGCACAGAGACUUCCACUACGCUGACUCCGCCGCGCUGCUAGACCCGCCGCCGGCGACGCCAAAUGGCAUACUACUAUCAGGAUGCCGCUAUCAGAGUCGUUAUACUAUUUAUUCAGAUCUCACCUUCUUCCGCACAGGCUCGUCAGAUGCAGAUUGGCAGCCACCGGCUCCUCCUUUUCGUCCUCCGCCGCAACUCGUCGGAUCUCAUCGUACGACCGUUGAGGAGUCCUGGUGGCGGUCAUACCGAUGCACAACCACCAGCAAAGCGGAUCCAGAAAUCCGGAUAUGGAUUUCAUAUAUGGUGGUCGGGAUAUUGAAGAGGAUCUCGAAUUCAGAAUCCGACGACCCUGACUGCCGAGCUGAAGGAGAUGGCGAGGGCUUUUUCUCUACAGGAACAUUAAUCGAGCGCACAUGA